GGACCAUUAGAGUUCGACUUUACGGGCACGCUGAAGUCAUGGUCGUAUCUGGAUCAGAUACACAUAAUUGCAACUCCUCUCACCAACGGUGUCAUGGACGAAGCGCAGGACGUCUGCGUCAGUCAUUUCUUCCAGAGAAUCCUGCAUGUGAGGUAA